AUGCCACCCACGAAACGGCCGGGGGAGGCUGACGGUGGCAGCGAGUCGCCGAACAAGAUCGCGAGGACCGACACAGGCUCGCAGCACGGUCAAGAACACCACCUCCAUCUGCACCAGCAGCAGGCCGCGUCCGACUAUGGACACGCCGACUACGGCAGCAAUGGCCACAGUAGCAAGAAGCGGGGUGGCAGCGGCGGCGCCUCGACGAGGACGGGCCAGGCCUGCGACCGAUGCAAGAACAACAGCGAGUGCAAGACGACCGACCGCAUCACAGGACGAGCCACUUCGCGGGGCCACACGGAGGUGGUGGAGAGCGAAAACACUUCGCUGAAGAUGUACCUCCUGGAACUGCAACAGCAGCUCAAAGACAAUGGCCUCGAACCAAAGGCACCCCAAGGUUACACACCAGCCAAUGUGGCUUCAUAUUGGGGACAACAACAGCAGCAGCAGCAGCAGCCCACACAGAGCUGGGAGACGCCGCCGCAACAAGCAACGGCCUUUUUGUCACCUCCCACUCGACCUGGAAUAGAGCGGCAGAUCUCACAGGGCAUCCUGCCCGAAUUCCGCUCGGGCUGCAUUGGAGACAACUAUCUCGGCGUGUCAUCUGAGAAUAACUGGCUAAGCCCUAUAGAAGGAACCUCACUCGCACUGUUCGGAACCAAGAUUGACCUUUCGGAAUACAUGCCGGCCGAGACCGACUCGACGACCUCUGCGAUGUCAUACCGUACCUUCAUCAGCCAUGCCUUUGGCAGGACUCAGCCGUUCACUCCCACAAUGCCUCCGUACGAGCAGUGUGUUGUAUACGCCGAGUGGUACUUCCGCACCGUGCAGGCCUUCUGUCCCAUCCUCCACAAGCCGCACUUUAUGGAACUGCUUGAUCGGAUCCACCAUCAAAAUUACCAACCAAACUCGGCGGAAGCAGUCAUGGUGCACAUGGUGCUCGCCAUCAUCACCUUUCAGUUCUCCGCCCGCAACCAUAACGAACAGGCUCGACAGGACUCGUUGAGCCAUUACCAAUACGCUCUGAGUUUCAUCCCCGACCUCAUCACCGGCCACAAACUGGAAGACAUCCAAGCUCUCAGUCUGAUAUGCUCGCAGCUUCGCAACCAGCCUCGGCCUGCAGCCGCCUGGAUGUUCACCAACUUUGUCCUGGGUCUCGCCAUCGAAUCAGGCCUGCAUCGAUCAGCAAAGGCAUGGCAAGGAUCAAGUCCAGCUCCCGAUGCCCAUCACGUUGAAAUGCGAAAACGUACCUUCUGGACCAUAAUCCUUUUCCACGUCGCUCUUAGCGGCAAGCUAGGAAGGCCGAUGCCUCUUCGAUGGGAGGACUUUGACAUUGAGAUGCCGGAGCCAGUCGCUGAUACAGUGCCACGGGAUGGAUCGUCGACUCAGGUCAAAGAGUGCUCCUUCAGUGCUGCGAUCGAAGGCUACAAAAUCUGCCGGAUCGUGAUGAUGAUUUACUCUACCAUAUACUCCGUCAGGUCGAAUGGUCAGUACGAAGCGAGUGUGCACAAGCUGGACAAGGAAUUGGAAGACUUCCAGGCUCAAUUACCAGCAAAAUUCCGAGGCGGCCCGCAGAUGAGGGAUGAGGAUCGAGUCAAUUAUCUGUACAUUGAAAUGGCGAUCGCAGAGUGCCAUCUACUGAUCCAUCAUCCUUCGCUAUGCCGAUCUGCGGCACCGCAAAUCAUGCAAAGCAAUUUGGACAUUUGUUUGAACUGGAGUGGCCGGCUCCUCGUGGCAGCGACGCAUUUAAAAGAAUUGAAGAGCCUGGACACAACUUGGUACUCCACCACCAACUUUCUGGCAGCCAUCUUUACGACGCUCUUCGCCUUCACUGAACGGCGAGACCAGAUCACGUCGGCCGAGUUGCAAAAGCUGAAAGACGACAUGGAUGCGUGGAUGGAGGUCAUUAAGGAGGUGUCGAUUCUUCUAGGCACCUUACCACAGCUUCAAGUCGCUGUUCGUCAAAUCAUCGACUUCUCGUUAGGUAACAUCACACGUCACCUUGCUGCAAAGACAGCGUCGGCGGCCGUGAACGCAUCUUCGUCGUCGCCAGUAGAGCAGCAACCGCAGCAGCAGUCGUACGGAAACGGCUACAACGGCUACGAAAAUGGGCGAGGCUCAGAACCUCACGAACAGAGCUACACACAACAGUCCAACACAUAUGCCAACAACACCAGCUAUCCGUAUUCUGAGCCGCAAACCAACAAUAUCGCAUACUCAGGCGGUAAUCACUUCGAUACUGCUACCUAUGCGUCCGAUCAUGGAGACAAUAAACCAAACAUGGAAGCUCAACUCACGUCGCAUAGCGCGCAGAUGGGACCGGCGGACUACAUGGCUGCCUUUGCACCAGCAAUCGGCACUUCAUACUCUACCCCUUCCGUCACGGCAGGCAUGUCCGGCAGCACGAGCGAGUUUCAGAAUGCAGGUCCGGCCGCUUGGAGAUAUUUUGCCGACAACAUGAUGAUGAAAAUGCAUCAUGAGCAGCCACAUGACUAUUCUGGAGGAUUGAUGGCGCUCGGCGGUAGCAGUCGAGUGGACGAGAUGAGUGGCACCGGUAUGGAGAACAUUGCCGCUACGGUGGGAAGUUUGAUGCACGUACCCAGGGAGUACGAGCAGCAUGCUCAAGUAUGGCCGUUGAUUCAGUUUUCGGGUCAAAUGGGACAUUGA